AUGAGCACCUCGCCUUUCCCUGGCACUCACUGGGGGGCCGGUGGUGCUGCCGGGGGUGCCAGCACCCUGCAGAGCAGCCUGACGCAUGUUGAGGCCAAGGCUUCUGGUGGCCUCCGCCUAACACCAUGCUGGGUGUCGGCGAAAAAUGUCCAUAGGCAUCACGCAUCCAAUGCCUUGUGCAAAGCACUUUGCAGGCUGCCACGGCUGCCCUCGUGCCCUGAUGCGCUUUGCGGUGUGACGAUGUCGUUGCACGAUCGCCUUUUGGAAGAAGCUGAGUGGGGUUUGAGGCAGGCGAAGAGAGAGAUGCAGAGGCAGAUGAGGCUGCUGGACCUGCACCUGCGGCAGCUCCAUGAGGAGCUGCCUGCCUCCUGCCCGUGCAGCCCAGCCCCACGCUGCUGCUGCCUGCGCCAGCCCGACCUCCACCCCGGGGAGAGAAGGGCCCUCACCGCAAGGCUGGACGUGGAGCGAGAACUGGGCAGCAUGCAAAGAAGACUUAACAGGAUGUUGAACUCUUCCCAUGAUCACAAGCUUUUGGCUUUGAUGGACGUGAAGGGUUUUGACCCCAAGGAAAUCACUGUAACGGUGAAAGACAGAAAGGUGAAGGUGUUAGCGGAGCACGAGGACGAGCACACCACUGCAAGAGGGAAGGAGUAUAACUACAGAAACAUCACGAGGGAAAUCAGCCUGCCGCCGGGGGUGAGCGAGGACGAGGUGACCUACUCGCUGGGACCGAAUAGCGUUGUGAAGAUCGAAACAGCACACAAGUGCUGCCCUUGUCUCCUGAGCCGCUGA